GGUGUGAGAGGCCUCUUUGGAAGUUGUCCCGGGUGUUCGCCGCUGGAGCUCCGGGUCGAGAGGACGAGGUGCCGCUGCCGCCGGCCCCCGGAGCCCAGCCCUUUCUUAGUCCGGUCCAGUCCCAGCCGCCACCUCCUGACCCACCGCGGACCCCACCGUUACCAUGAAUCCUGCAGUCUUCCUGUCUUUACCCGACCUCAGAUGCUCCUUGCUGCUUCUGGUAACUUCGAUUUUUACACCUUUAACAGCUGAAAUAACAAGUCUUGAUUCAGAGAAUAUAGAUGAAAUUUUAAGUAAUGCUGAUGUUGCUUUAGUAAAUUUUUAUGCUGACUGGUGUCGUUUCAGCCAGAUGUUGCAUCCAAUUUUUGAGGAAGCAUCUGAUGUCAUUAAGGAAGAAUAUCCAGAUAAAAAUCAAGUAGUGUUUGCCAGAGUUGAUUGUGAUCAGCACUCUGAUAUAGCCCAGAGGUACAGGAUAAACAAAUACCCAACGCUCAAAUUAUUUCGUAAUGGAAUGAUGAUGAAGAGAGAAUACAGGGGCCAGCGAUCAGUGAAAGCGCUCGCAGACUACAUCAGGCAACAGAAAAGUAACCCAAUUCACGAGAUUCAAAGUAUAGAUGAAGUCACCACUCUUGAUCGCAGUAAGAGAAAUAUCAUUGGAUACUUUGAGCAGAAGGAUUCAGAUAAUUACAGAGUUUUUGAAAGAGUAGCAAGUAUUUUGCAUGAUGACUGUGCCUUCCUCUCUGCUUUUGGAGAUGUUUCAAAACCAGAAAGGUACAGUGGAGACAAUUUAAUCUACAAACCACCAGGGCGUUCUGUGCCAGACAUGGUGUACUUGGGAUCUAUGACAAAUUUUGAUGUAACUUACAACUGGAUUCAAGACAAAUGUGUCCCUCUUGUCCGAGAAAUAACAUUUGAAAAUGGAGAGGAAUUGACAGAAGAAGGACUGCCUUUUCUCAUACUCUUCCAUAUGAAAGAGGAUACAGAAAGUUUAGAAAUAUUCCAGAAUGAAGUAGCCCGGCAAUUAAUAAGUGAAAAAGGUACAAUAAAUUUCUUACAUGCAGAUUGUGACAAAUUUAGACAUCCUCUUCUGCAUAUCCAGAAAACUCCAGCAGAUUGCCCUGUCAUAGCUAUUGACAGUUUCAGACAUAUGUAUGUUUUCGGAGACUUUAAAGAUGUAUUAAUUCCUGGAAAACUGAAGCAGUUUGUAAUUGACCUACAUUCUGGAAAACUGCACAGAGAAUUCCAUCAUGGACCUGACCCAACUGACACAGCUCCAGGAGAGCAAGACCAGGAUGUUGCAAGCAGUCCUCCAGAGAGCUCCUUCCAGAAGCUGGCGCCUAGCGAGUAUAGGUAUACUUUAUUGAGGGAUCGCGAUGAGCUGUGAAACUCAAGAGCACUGCAGGCCUUUCGGACAGCAGCGUUGGCUUAUGUGGUGGAAAUAGUAAACCUAUAUUUUCAUAAUUCUAUGUGUAUUUUUAUUUUGAAUAAACUGAAAGAAGUUUUGGGUUUUUAA